UAUGAAUAGGAAGUCAGAAGAUACAAGCUAUCUUGAAACUAAUAAAAAAAAAGAACUCUCUUGUAAUAUUCAAGAUGAUAAAAAAUUACGUUUUGGUGCAAAAAUUCCUUCAAAGAGUGUUAGUCAAGGUGAAGUGAACGUCGUUUCUUCUGAAUUAUGGACACUUGAUACUGAUAGAGCAGGGCCAGAUGAUGUCAUUAUCAAUACUAGCGGAACAGAGCUCUUUCAAUACGUCAAUGAAGAUGUUUUAAAAAGGAAAACUUUUGCUAAAUUUGAUAAAAUGAGAGACAAUUAUAAUCCAGACAUUGGGGUUCCCGAACCACCUUGUAGCGCUUGUAGACAAGACGAAAGUGAAUUUCUAGAUAUGAUUAUAGAAACUCCAGUUAUGCAAAGAUUAUGGAAUUUUUUCAUUGACAAAGAUAUAUCCAGUUCUGAUAAAGCCGAAUUUAAACAACAACUAUAUGAUACAUGGUUUAAACCGUAUAGUCGUAGCAAUGGGCCAUUGGAUAGUUCAGGAUUUGAACAUGUUUUCUUGGGCGAAACAAGAAAUUCAGAAGUAACUGGUUUCCAUAAUUGGGUACAAUAUUAUAGAGAACAACAAAAAUCAACAAUGACAUUGAAAAGAUACUUGGCAACUUGCGAAUCGAAAGUCUCUAAAAUCAGCUUCGAAUGGGAUGGAUUUUUAAAACCGAUUACUGGAUUUUGGGUUGGUACUACUCCAGAAAUUGAAAUGGCUCUUUAUACACUUUGCUUUUUGGGAAGACCAAAUCAAGUUUGUUCAGCUAUCGAAGUAGUCUAUGCUAACUGGAGCAAGGAGACGGGAAAGGCAAAUGCAAUGAAACAGUCAAUAAUUUUUUCUGUGCAGUCAUUGAUAGCAGUUUCCUUACUACUUCAAUUGGGAUUGGCGAAAGAAGGAGGAUUUUUGAAGGGUGCGUUAUCGACGUUUGAAGGUCAAACGAUUAAGUUUGGGGUAAAAUUCCCAAAAUUUUCAAAACAGGGCAUUUGUGAAUUUGGUGCUAUUAAUACUCAUGCUGUCAUUCAAACAAAUCCAAAAAUAUUCAACGUCGGCGAUGCUUUCGACAUGGAAGCAGAGUUAACAACUUUUGCAGAUAGCCUUUUAUGCUCUGAUUACUCUUAUGAAUUUUUCAUAAUUUGCGAAGAUAGCUUAGAAGAGGAGCUGUUAGUUUCACGAAUAAAGGUUUUCGUCAAAGACCAAUUGGUAAUUUGUAGAGAUCCUCACUUCAGUCAAAGUGUAGAAGGAACAGAUGAUAAUUUUGGGAAAGUAAAAAAUAUUAUCUGCUAUGAUUUGUAUGGUAAAUCCCUGGAAAAAUAUGAGAUUAUCUCGGAUUUGGAAUUAGGUGGAUCAGUGCAGAUUGAACUUCGAGACGACUACUAUAUUGGCAGAGUUAUUUUGAGUAGUAAAUUGGGAAAAGUUGCUAUUAAUACUACUCAUGUAUCGCUACCAUCUAACGAGAUCAUAGACUGGAAUAAUAGUCAGAGUAUUACUAUUAAGGACAGUGAUCCAAAUUGGAGACUGUUUGUAAGAUUGAACGGAAAAGAUAUAUCCAUCGAAUACGAAAAUGGAAUAAGGAAGUUGAACUUUGGCGUAUUUAGAAUAAAACAAGAAUACGGAGAGAGCUUUUUGAAUGUUAAGAUUGAUAAAUCUACAGCAAAGGAUGGUAUAUUCGACAAACUUCACGGAGGAAUUUUCGGAGAAAUCUCAAAAAAACAAUAUCAAUUCUUUGAACCGGUUCAAGCUAAUGGAAAAGGUGUAACAGCAGUAAAGGUAGAUGGUAGAAUUGUAAAAUCGUCGCAACAUGGUAUGGGAUUAAAAGCAGACGAUAAAUGCAUUUCAAUCAGUUUGGGUGAAUUGUUAUAUCCAAAAACCAUAGAAAUGUUUAAAACUCUAUAG